AGCAGCAAACUUCGGCGUUGAGACCAUUCGAAUUCGAGCCUCUUCCGGGAGUCUGCUCUGCCGCCGUACCUCUUGCAUUCCUUGCGCCAGUCGCUGACAACGGGUGGUUCCGUCCGGCGGCUACCGCUUCAGACGGUGGCCGGAACGCCUCCCUGAGAUGGAGGAGAGAACCGGGAACCCGACGGCGGCGAGCCCGAAGUCCACGCAGGAGCUGGCCGUGGAAGGCCAGAAGCAUCUCGAGGACACCAUCGAAUCCGCCUUCCACAUUCUCUCCUCCAUGAACGACGAGCUCUGCAACCCCUCCCUCUGGUCCGCCCCCGCCCCCUCCUCCGCCUCCGCCUCCGCCUCCAACGGGCCCCUCCUCCUCAACGGCGACUCCUCCUCCGAUUCCUCUCACCACCUGGACUUCGCCGGCUCCGGCGGCGGCGGCGGCGCCCUCGACGAGGCUCGCCUCCGCUACAAGAGCUCCGUCGCUUCCCUCCGCACCAUUCUCGCCGCCAUCCCCACCUCUCACAAGACUAAAUCAUUUGAUCCUGGCACUUCUAUAAUGCUUGUUGACCAAGUCGAAAUGGAGAGGUUAGAAGAACAAGCCUCGAAUCUAAGAAAGGAGCUGGUUGAGAAGAACAAGCACCUGAAGCUUCUCAUAGAUCAGCUGCGGGAACUUAUCGUCGAUGUAUCUACUUGGCAAAGUCCAUGUUCGGUUUAAUGCUGACUGAAUCUGGGUAAACAUGAGAGGAGUAAAUGACCGCCUCAAUAAGUUUCAACGUAAAAGUGUCCUGUGGAAGAUGUUUCCCCUUUCAGAUCAUGUUCUCUUAGCGCAACAGUCUCUUCCCAUCCGAAGGUUCAACCGCUCUUUGUAUUACCAUGUACAGCCGUCGAGGCUUUCUUGUUAGAUGCUAGUAGUUGUGGGGAUGCUGACUUUUAUUAGUCUUGAUAUUUUAUCUAAAGAAUAUGCUUCUUUG